UAUUUAAGCUAUAUUGUAUAAUAAAAAGAUGAAAUACGUUCUCCUGCUCACCAUCCUGCUGUCUCUUUCCUUUGCUAUGCCAGAGCAGCUCGAUGACCCAGAAAUAGAUCCAAUGCCAAAUAUAACUAUCCUUUACCACCAUUUCUACAAGUCUGCUUUCAAUCUUGACUUGAACAUUUCGACCUGUGUGCCAGAGCUCAACCAUGGAGCCAUGAAGAUCCUCCUGGCAAUCCAAGGGAUGGCCCAAGAGAAAAAUCCUGUUGCCUGGGUUGUCUUUGGAAUGGUCCUCAGAGAAGGUGUCAACACCUUGGCUGUGAGAACAUCCAUAUGCCAAGAAGCAUGGCCUGUGUUCAAACAAGGAGUAGACAUGGUACAUCCUCUGCUUGAGAACUAUUCUUCUCUGGCUGCAACAGUUACUCAAGCUGUGGCUAGUAACCCCAGCCAGUUCUUGGUAGAUGCUUACAGUAUCUACACUAGCUUGAACCCUAACGGAUCUGUUGACUUCAAAGCUAUUGGGAAAGCCACUGGGGAUGCUGUCAGGAUGAUGCUUGAAAAAGCAUAAUUAUUCAGAAGGCUUGUUUCUCCAAUCUCUUUAUUUUCAAUGUAAUA